AUGAGGAAGCUUUCUGGAAAGGGUCGGCUGCGCACAUGUGUGCUCAGGCCUGCCAAGCUCUUUGGUCCGGGCGAGCCCUCCUCGCUCCGCCGCAUCAUGGGUCUGGUUCGGACCGGUUUCCUGCGGUUCAGGUUGGGAGACCAGCUGUCGCGCUCUGAUUGGUUGUUUGUUGAUAACCUGGUGCAUGCGCAGUGUCUGGCAUUUGGUGGCCUUAUUCCAGACGGUUCCAGCAGCGGUGCUUGCAGAGGGGGUGGCAGUGGUGGGGUGGGGGAUGGAAAUGGGACGGGAGAAGGGGAUAGGAGUUGUGAGGAUGGAAGCUGCAAGUCUGCCGGGCAGGCUUACUUCAUAACUGAUGAUGCCCCAGUGAACGCCUUUGACUUCCUCAAGCCACUCAUAUCAGCAUUCGGGGGAACCCAGCCCUACAUCCGCCUCUCGCUAACCUCUGCCCUGUCGCUUGGCUGGUUCACCGAGGCUAUUUACCGGCUUCUCUGCCCGCUGUUACGGUCUGACUGGUUACCACAACCGCCUUUUCUUCUACCAGCCGAAGUUCAUCAGCUGACCUGGUGGAACCAGACGGAUUACACCGGCGCGAAAUGGGUGACUUACGCGCCCAGCCCAACAGUUGGGUGCAUCAAUAUCCCCUCGCAAUACCUCCCAUCCACUGUGUUUGGAUCCCUCAAACUUGAGUGGUACGCACCAACGGACGCCAUGAAACGCGACAUGUACUUCGUCACAUGCAAGGAGGUGCACUUCUGGCCAACGAGGAACUGCGAGAUUGGUAACACAGACUACCUCACAUAUCCUACUGACCACAGCCCGCCUUCGCCAACCAAGCGCCCCCCCGUCUCGGGCGCAUUCCAUCAGCUGCAUCUACAGUACGUUGCAGCAUUCCAACAUCUCCCUGUGCUUUUAGUUUCCGUAGGGGCUCUUGGAGAAGACCUGAACAAGCUGUACUCGUGUCCACCUAACAGCACACUGGAUGGCACGUGGGCUGGCGCCAAGUGCUGGUGCAAUGCAGGAUUCGUGGAGAAGGGCGGCAAGUGCGUUGACGUUUGCACGCCUCUUAACUGCGGACCCUAUGCCAACUGCUACAUUAAGAACGGAGCUGGGGUGUGUAACUGCACUGAUGGUUACCGCCGCGUGGGAGGAAAGUGCGAGGCUAUUGGCCAUUCUGAUUUCCUUGAUCCCCACAAUGCUGCACGUUCUGCUCUGAAGUUACCCGCUCUCAAAUGGAACGAUUCGUUGGCAGAGAAAGCCCAGGCAUGGGUUGCACACUUGGGAAAGCUUGACAAUAAGUGCAGGACAAUGAAUCGCUCUUCUGCACUUUCCAGCUAUGGUCAGAACUUGUUGAGCACCUUUGGAAUAGGGCAGUGGGCUCCCAACGAGGUGGUGAACGUGUGGCUGGAUGAGAAGAAGUUUUACACGUACUCUCCUUUACCGAGUGGAUGCAAAACGGGACACUUCUGCUCCCACUACGCUCAAAUUGUUGCCAGGAAGACAACGGAUGUUGGCUGCAGUUCGUAUACGUGUGGAAAAUCAGGCUCCAUGCUGUGGGCUUGUUUCUAUUUGCCCAAGGAGUCAGCAGAUAGCGUCCUCCCCGCGACCACCGAGCUCUCUGCUCCUCCGCCUGACAUUUCCCCCGGCGCUGCGAACAAGAAGAAGCGUCGGCUCAAGGUGAAACUUCCGGCAAUCAAGGACGUGCCAUGGAAGAAGUUGUUCUUAAAUGCGAUGGAAUGGAUCACCAACCCUAUCAACGCCGCGUCCUUCUUCUGGUGUGUCCUCGCGACGUUCGCCUUCGUCAUAGUCGUCAUGUGCGAGCUCGGCUUGAUGAAGAAUUACAUUCAUGAGGAGGAGACGCUGGAAGAAGUGAAGGAGGUUUCCACUCAGAUCCUGAACGCUCUCUUCGUGCUUAUGUGUCUCAUCUGGCAUCCGGUCUUCAUGCGCGACGUGCUGCUGCUCAUCCGGUGGAAACCCAAGGAUAAGUGGGAGAUUCGCGCCGAGUACUGCAAGGACGGGAAGCGGAAACCCAACGAUCGCACGCACAUGGCGAUCGUCGUUUUCUGGCUGCAGCUGACGUGCUGGGCGACGUACGCCUUCGCAGCGGUCUUCCUGAUCUACCCUAUGGGCGAGCGACCCAUGAGCCUGAUUCUCAUUACCACCGUCGUUUCCUUCGCGGCACCCGCGUUCGCCUUUCUCCAUCUGCUCCUGAGCCCCCUGAGCAAGGACUAUGACAUUGUACGGGUUGGAGAGGGCGACGGGGCCAAGGUGCAGAUGUUUCAAAGGAGUGCAACGUUCAUGGUGUCUCACACCAAGGUGGAGGACGCGCAAUGGGCUGGGUCGGUAAUCCCUGGGUGCUGCGACGACUCGCGCGUCGCGUGCCUGACCUGCUUCUUCCCCUGCUGCAUGUUUGGGUACAACAUGGAGAGGCUUGGAGCUGUGUUCGAGGAUUCCGAAGAAUUAGGUAUUCAAAUGGGGGUUGACUAUUACGACUUAUUAGAAGUCCAAAAAUCCGCAAGUGAUGACGACUUGAAGAAAGCGUAUCGGAAGCUUGCUAUGAAAUGGCACCCGGACAAGAAUCCGGACAACAAGAAAGCAGCGGAGGCUAAAUUCAAGCAAAUCUCGGAGGCGUACGAGGUAUUAAGUGAUCCCGAGAAGCGUCAAGUCUACGACCAAUACGGCGAGGAGGGUUUGAAAGGGCAGGCUGCGCCAGGAGGGGGUUCGUACAGCAGCCAUGGGGGUCACUCCCAUGGCAACUUCCGUUUCAACCCACGAAGCGCUGAGGACAUAUUCGCGGAGGUAUUCGGCGGACACAGUCCGUUUGGAGGGGCUUACGGACCCGGAUUUGGAGGGAUGGGUGGCAUGGGUGGUAUGCCAAGCGGCCGCUUCAGUCGCAUGGGGAGCGCCAACGGUAUGGGGGAAUCGAUGCAGUACCAGGAUAUGUUCGACCAUGGCAUAUACGGCUCUCAGGCGUCAUCAGCUUCUGCUGGUCCCAGAAAAGCCGCACCUGUGGAAAACAAGCUUCCAUGUACGCUAGAGGAGCUGUAUUCUGGAUCUUGCAGGAAAAUGAAGAUCUCACGCAACAUCAUAGAUGCAAACGGACGACCAAAAACGGUGGACGAGAUAUUGACAAUCAAUGUGAAGCCUGGCUGGAAGAAGGGAACAAAGGUCACGUUUGAAGAAAAGGGUAAUGAGCAGCCUGGAAUGAUUCCUGCAGACAUUACCUUUGUGAUUGACGAAAAGCCUCAUGACAGGUUCACGCGAGACGGGAACGACCUUGUUUACACGUGCAAAGUCCCCCUUGUGGAUGCACUCACUGGCUACACGGUUAACAUCACAUCACUUGAUGGCCGGAAGCUUUCCUUCCAAGUGAAUGACAUUGUCAAGCCAGGUGCAGUAUCCGUCCCGGUUGACAGCAGACCAGAAGACAGCGAUCAGACAGGCUUUUGGGAAGAGCUGACCAUGUAUGGUUAUCAAAAUACACAUCCCCCCAUCCUUUUGGCAAUGCCCCUAUAG